GCUAAAAAUACACGCUGUCACUUCCGAGUGUGUCGCGCGCGACGUCCGGCUGCACUGGUUAUGCGCGUUCAUGACUGAAGAGAAGUUCUUUAGAAACAGAGAAAAAGACUUGGUGAAUCGAAAGUCAGACGUCACAAGGAGUUUUAAUUUGAACGUCUCCGUAUCAGCUUAUACUUUGAGGAAAGUGGGAGUCUGAAGGGUUGCACUAAUGCGUGGAGAGUGAUGUCCCGCUCACGGAUGUUCCUCCUUUCUACUGUGCUCGUCGUGGCCCUUUUUCAUUUCAUUUUGGGUCAGAACUGCUCAGAGCACUGCAAGGCAUGUGGAGGGCCAGAGAAAGACCAAUGUCUUCAGUGCCACAGCGGAUUCAUCCUGCAUGACAACCUGUGUGUGGAUAUUGAUGAAUGUGGUACUGAUCUGGAUCGGUGUCCCGACAACACGUACAGCUUGAACACCCAUGGCUCUUAUGCAUGCAAAGGAUGUGACAAGGCCUGUGUUGGCUGUAUGGGUGGAGGAGCUGCCCGCUGUAAGAAAUGUGCUCCUGGUUUCAGGUCAUCAGGCAUAAGAUGCAUCGAUAUAGACGAGUGUGGUGAAGAGGUGUUGGCCUGUCCUGGUGUCAAUGUCUUCUGUGUGAAUACAGAAGGGUCUUUUCACUGUCAGUGCGCAGGCGGAUACACACGCACCGGCAAAACCUGUGAGAGGAGCCAGACCACAGAUUCUGCAGAAAAGGGUUUUUUUGAUGACAUUCAGGAGGAUGAAAUGGAGGUUCUGCAGCAGAUGUUCUUCGGGGUGGUGUUGUGCGCAUUGGCCACGUUGGCGGCUAAAGGGGACUUGGUGUUCACCUCCAUCUUUAUGGGGGCCGUGGGGGCCAUGGCUGGAUACUGGCUCUCUGAUAAGAGCGACCGACUGAUAGAUUCCAUCUUAAAGGGGAGAUAAAUACAAAA